CUAUGGAUUUAAUCAUAACAUGGCGAAGGCAGUGCGAAUUGUCAAAUUCCUAUAAUGUUUACAAUUUUUUAAUCGGACGCUUGAAUUAAUUAUUAAACCUCAAAAUGUCUUCAACGGAGCCAUCUCAGAAUAAAACAUGGGAGCUUUCCCUUUACGAACUUCAUCGUACUCCGCAGGAAGUUAUAACAGAUGCCACUGAAAUCGCAGUCUCCCCACGUAGCUUACAUAGUGAAUUAAUGUGUCCCAUUUGUUUGGAUAUGCUCAAAAAGACUAUGACUACUAAAGAAUGCCUUCACAGGUUUUGUUCAGACUGUAUUAUAACGGCUCUUAGAUCCGGCAAUAAGGAAUGCCCUACGUGCCGUAAAAAACUUGUAUCCAAGAGAUCUCUGAGGCCUGAUCCAAACUUCGAUUUAUUAAUAUCGAAAAUUUACCCGAGCAGAGAUGAGUAUGAGGCUCAUCAAGAACGUGUUUUGGCUAAAAUAAACAUGUCGCACUCACAAGCGUCGCUGGUUAAUUCAAUAACAGAAGGCAUAAAAUUACAAUCACAAAACAGACCACAAAGAGCUAGAAAAAAUCAUGAAGACAAUAGUAAUCCAUCCAACUCCAACGGCACCUCGGAGCCUACACAGAACGGGAGCAGCUCAUCAGUGCCCAAGGACAGUACCUCUACCACGAGUAAUCCGACUCCACCUGGUCAAUCGACGUCGAACCCCGCUUCUGUAAGAAGCACUCCAUCCCCGGUCCCAUCAAAUGUUAGUUCUAUAUCAAAAAACACGACCACAACUAAAAGAGCAAAGUCUAUUUUAACUUCAGAACGAAGUGAGGAGAGUGAAUCUAGUGAUGGCAGAACCGAAGGUGAGAAUUCAAUGGACACAGAGGGGGAAGGGGAGCCACUGAACCCAAACGAAAUAGAGUUGGUGUUCAAGCCGCACCCCACGGAAAUGACGGGAGACAACCAGCUCAUGAGAGCUCUGAGGGACAGCUCUGUUCGAUAUCUGAAAACGACUGCUAAUGCCUCAGUGGAUCACCUUAGCAAGUACUUAGCUAUGCGUCUAACUCUGGACUUAGACGCAGAACUACCUGAAGCAUAUCGUCUUCUAAACUUUUGCAUCUAUGUAGCACCAUCUCCCGGUCAGUUUGUGCCCCUUGCUGGCUCACAAACUUUGAGGCAGAUCAAUGAUAAAUUCUGGAAGGUAAACAAGCCUCUGGAAAUGUAUUAUUCUUGGAAGAAAACCUAGAAAUAAUUUACAUUUUAGUUAUGCUAUAAUAACUAAAAUGAAAACAGUGCUUAUUACAUAGUUUUAGGGAUAAAUUAAAUUUUAAACGAGACAUGGACUCUUUUAACAUCUAAUAAAUUGUAAUAAAUAUUAUAUUAAUAUUUGUAUGAAUAAGUUUUAAUAAAAAUUUCUUAAAAUCUUAUAAGUAAUUUAAAACAUGUAUUUGAAGAGUAAGUUCAAUAUUGUAUUUGUAUGAAUUACAUAAAAAAAAUUGUGAGAACUGAGAAUUGCUAAAUGUAAUAUUAUGUUUUAUCAUUUAAAAAAUAAGCCUACAUAGUGUGAAAUACACGUAAUAUUUUAUAUAAAGAUAUUAGAUGUUAUUUUAUUCUUAUUAUGAUGAUGUACUGAAACAAUAUCUUUGUACAAAAGAAGUUGGAAUCUGGAAAUCCAUGAUUCAGUAAUAUGGUUUUAUAAUUUUCAGAUAUAAUCCUAUUAGACAUGUGUAUAGUUGUGCAAUUAUAAUUAAAUUACGUUCAACCUGUAA